GCCGUUGCCCUCGUGUAUCACUCCUGGAGCGUCUUCCUCGGGCAGGCCUCCGACAAAAAGUACCUGGACGCCGCCUCGUACUGCCGCGUCGUCCCCAUGCACGUCCAGCAGUGGAUCAACCCGGACACCGGCGAGAUCUUCGCUCUCCCCCCGCGCCCCGUCGAGGGCCCCAGCCGACUCCUUCGGAGCGCGGUCUUCACCUGGGAGCCCAGCGCCGCCUGGGCGGCCAUCCGCGAGGUGCUGGUGGCGGCGCGCGAGAAGCACACGAUCACCAACUUCGUGGGCUUCGCGGGUGGAACGAUGUUCGGGGACAGUCCCUCGGCGACGCAGCAUGCGCUCGUCUGGACGGUCAUCCGACUCUUCCGCAAGGACGGGAAGGGCGAGUCGGACGAGCCGUUGGCCUGCUCGCUGCAGGACCCGAUUUACGACGCGCAGGAUACGCGCGUGUUGAACUUGCUGAAGAUGAACGUCGUCGAGGAUCCGCAGGGUUUCCUGGACGUGGAGGAUUCCUCGAUCGUGUUCACCUGCAACUCGGAUGUGCCGGUCAAGGAGAUCGUGCUCAAUAUCGCGCGUCCGGCUAUCAUGAUCAUUGACGAUAUUACCCGCAUUAACUCGUGAGUUUUGUUUCUGGUUGCUGGUUGCUGGUGCGAGAGGAGUGCGGUGCUCACGAGACUAGGAUCUACGAUCCCGUCACUAAUCGUGUGCUCAAGGCGAUUGGGGACUCGUAUGAGAUGUUCGACUUUCCGGAUCAUGAGGCGUUCGGGCGGAUGGCUAUCUACGUGAGAAAGUAGAUGCGCAUCCGAGAUGAUGACAUGCAUGACCG